UCAGUCCUGGAGACCUCAUGUGCUCGAAUGCUGAGAGUGCUCAAAGAGAGAGAGAAAGAGAGAGCGCGCGAAAGAGAGCGAGAGAGAUAUAUAGACAGAGGGAGGGAGAAAGAAAAAGAGCAGGAGGGACAGAGCAACCAAUGGGUACUAUGUUCUGAAGAGUAGGUGAAAAUGAGAAAUUAUUGGGACUUCUAAAGGACUAUAUUUGGAGUAUCUUAUGGGCUCCUGCGAGGAGAAGAACUGUGUAGAGGGAGAAGAAGAAGAUUUGGGAAAUUGGGCAACUGUGAAGAACUCUCCUUUUAGUUAUGGAAGGAGGGAAUGCAUGGAUUGUGGACAACACCUCCAUGCUGAUGAAUAUAUCCUUAGAGCUAAAUGGAUCAUCUCCAGUACGGAAUGUCUCCUCUCAGGAUGGUUCAGAGUACAGCGAUGCCGAGAUGGUAAUCCUGGGUAUACUGAUGGGACUUCUGGUCUUAGGUAUCGUUUUUGGCAACGUCCUGGUCAUCACCGCCAUUGCACGUUUCCAGCGAUUACAAACUGUCACCAACUGCUUCAUUAGCUCUCUGGCCUGUGCUGACCUGGUCAUGGGGCUUCUGGUGGUGCCCUUUGGCGCCUGCUACAUCCUCCUGAACACCUGGCACUUCGGCAACUUCUUCUGCGAGUUCUGGACAGCCACGGACGUGCUCUGCGUCACUGCUAGUAUUGAGACGUUGUGUGUCAUAGCCCUGGACCGCUACCUGGCAAUCACAUGGCCACUGCGCUACCAGUCAGUUCUGACCAAGCGCAAGGCCUGCUGGGUGGUGUUGGCAGUGUGGCUUGUGGCAGGUCUUAUCUCCUUCCUGCCCAUCCACAUGGAGUGGUGGGUGUCAGAGGAUAAAGUUGCACAGGACUGCCUGAAAAACGUCUACUGCUGCGACUUCAACACGAAUAUGCCCUACGCAGUGGCGUCCUCCAUCGUUUCUUUCUACAUCCCGCUCGUGAUCAUGGUGUUCGUCUACGGCCGUGUCUUCCAGGAGGCUCGGCGGCAGCUGCAGAAGAUCGACCGGGUGGAAGGUCGCAUUCGGACCCAGAGCUUCGGCACCCAGGACGGGAACGAGGUGAGGAACCGGAGGACCAGGUUUUGCUUGAAAGACCACAAAGCUCUGAAGACCCUGGGUAUCAUCAUGGGUACCUUCACACUCUGCUGGCUUCCAUUCUUCGUACUCAACGUGGCGUCGGCCAUUUGGAAAAUGGACAACAUCAAGUUGCCCUUUAGGAUCUUGAACUGGAUAGGCUACGCCAACUCAGCCUUCAACCCCCUGAUCUACUGUCGGAGUCCCGAGUUUAGGUGUGCUUUCCAAGAGAUUCUCUGUUGGAGACGUUCAAAGUUUUCCUCUGCAAAAAGAAACAAAAAGGGAUACAUCUACGGCAGCCAUAGCUGGCAAAAGCACAUGAAGACCACCAGUUUGAGGCAGUCCCCUCUCAGUGAACAUGGAACAGUAGAGCUAGGUACUAGCUCUUUGCCUCCCAGCACUUCCAACACAAACGGGAAUUGUAAUAAAGCUCGGACAUCCAUUAUUUAGCCAGUUUCGAACAUCUUUGAAUCACAGUGUCUUGUCAUUGUUUGCUUCCAUUUCUGACCCCAUACUUGUAUGACUUCAGAAACGUCUGGUAAGUGAAGAAAUGGAAAAUAUAAUUUCAUAUAUGAACGUUUUAGCUCAUAUGAAAACUUGUUCUCAUACUUGUCUCGUACUAUAGAUUUAUGUAUACUUGUAAUGGAUAUGCCACUACUGAACUGAACUGAACUUUUUGAGCCGUGGUGCAUAGUUCCCAGCACUUGUCUAUGAAAACCUGGAUCCCUCCAUCGACAUCACCAAAAAGUGAAGGUACAAAACAAAACUUAAAGCAAAACUUGAAAUGUACUUGGUUGUAAUGUGGUUGUUAAACACUGGAUACCUCUACUUCUAGCCUACCUCAUGACCACCCCUUGUCUUCACUGUAACCGUAAGCUUCUUUUUCAUUUAAUAACAGUACUGGAUUUCUGCUGGAAGCAGUUAUAUGCACACAUGGAUCAGUGUUGCCUUUUCUAUCUUCUUAACAAACUGAGCGCUACUAUAUUGAUAAAGGGAACUGAUCCUAGAUUAGUACUUCUAUUUACCGAGAGGCUUGAUUAAUCGAGCCUCUCUUGUAUCGAGAGAAGUCUAGACUUAUAAGACUAUAAGAACUUACAUUCCAUUUAAAAGCUGAAGCUGUCUUUAAGCCCGGGGCUUCUGUAUCUGUGUGAUCCGUUGUCUGAGGGAAAGGAAAUCCAACCCCCUGACGAGGAGCAACAGGUGGACAUAGCCGCCUGUGCUAUAACCAGCUGCACUUAUGAAAAAGAAAAAAAGGAAAAAAGAGGACCCCGGCAAUAUUCAGACCUCCCGAGUCUGUGACUCCAACUUUCCCCCCGUUAACAUUUCCAUUGGGUAAUCAUUUUCAGAUUGCAGCUUGCUUCCUCGUUGCUUGCAGCUUUAAAUCUGUAAACAACUGCUUAUUAUAUCAAAACGAUUGAAUCUAGCAUUGCUGACAAGUGCAAGAACAAGUGCAAAAUGUGAUGGGCUUUUUUUAUCGCCUUUAUUACGCUAUAAAAAUGACAUACCACCACAAGAAUCAAGUUAAAAAUUCUUGUGAAAGCCCAAAAGCCCGAAAGCCCUGGUUAAGAGGCGGCGGAGAAGAGACGGCGCUUGUGUGUAGGCAGCUUCAUUCUCUCUUUAUUAAGUGUGACAGAAAAACUGUACUUUAUUAGUCCCUUCAGAAUGUGCAUUGCAAACCAUUUGUGUCUAUGACUCAAUGCAUGUUCACUGGGAGGAGAGGUAAAG